AUGAUCGUAGAUUUUGCGUGGAAUCCGGAGGCUACACGCACAAAGACUCCCGAUCCUAAUCUGCGCUUUCCGGGACUAGCCCUUAGGAGUAUCUGUGUGUUCAAUGGCUUGCCCUUUCUUUCCUCUGGGGGUCGGCAGUGGAUCAAGGCACAGACAGGGGAAGAUGUGGAUUUGAACCAAUAUCAGCCCCCCAAGCGGAUCUCGUCUCUUCGUCCCACGACCACUCGCGCUAUACACCUGCCGAGCAAAAGUCUUCUUUUUCAACGCUUCCAAGAGUACAAAUCGUCUAUCUUUUCGGAGAUAUUCCCCUUCAUCAACCCGCAGUUUUUCGAGGACACAGUUCGGGAGGCUUACCGAGAGCAAUCUUCCUUAACUUGUAGUAAUGACAGUGCCAAGGCAUGCAUCUUUGCAUUCAUGGCUGUGACUUCUAUGUUCUUCAAUUCUACUGAUAAUCAUGGAAUUCUUGACUCAGAUUGUUAUGCUCACGCGGCUUAUGAUCUAGUGCCAGGGUUCUUUCGGGACUCUGUAACAAUGGAAGGCUUACAGGCGUUACUUAUGCUGUGCCUCUACAGUGAGUCUGUUCUCGGCGACCAGCUGGGUGUGGAACUACUAUUCGCAACUGCAACUCGAUUUGUCUUCCACCUUGGUGGCCAUAUCUUCCCUAAAGCAGUGGAUGUUGAUGAGUUCAGCCGCAGAUCUUUAGACCUGCGACUGCAUAUUCGGAAUCUGUUCUGGCUCUGCUACAUAUUUAACCAGGAGUACAGUCUGCGGACGGGUCUUCCUCCUAGUCUUGACGACGCGCACUGCGACCUCACACUUUGUGAAACUGCUACCACAGAUGCUCAGAAUAUCGGGCUGUCGAGACUGUACUCUGUCGUAGCUCAAAACAAAACGGAUGCCGAACUACUAUCCACCAUUCGUGAUCUUGAUCAGCUUUUGGAAGACUGGAAACUCUCAAUUCCUAUGGAUGUACGACCAUCCCUUACACAUCGUCCGACAGGUGUAAGUGGACGCUGUAUGUCAUGGACCCAGGACACGCGUGGCCUCGGCUCCAGUCUCGCCAUAAGUGUGGAGGCAAGCCGAUCACUGCUGAAGAUAGUGUCGCAUUCUGAGCUUCAGAUUCACCGCUAUAACCUUCUUUUCUGCCUUCCUUAUGUUACCGCCGCGAUGAUCCACCUCUUCUGUGACAUCCUCAUCCACCCUCGUGAUAAGGCCUGUCAUGCUAACCUUGAAUUAAUUGACAUGGCUCGGGACCGCAUGCUGGCGCAGCUAUGGCCACAGGCUCCUACUUCUUUCAAGAUGCAGGUCCAGUUCGUGAAGGGUCUCAGUAUUGAAGUACAACGCCUUGCGCGCAGUGCAAUUCGGAAAGCGGCAGUUUAA